AUGGGGCCUAUCGAACUAGAUGGCCGGACUCUCGAAGGCGGUGCUCAACUAAUCCGAAUAGCGCUGUGUCUAUCCGCACUAACUGGAAAGGCCGUCCAAAUUGACAAUAUUCGCGGCAAUCGCUCCGGCGGACGUGGUCUCAAGGCACAGCACCUGGCAUGCGUGAAAUGGCUGUCACAUGCUUGCAAUGCACAUGUGGAAGGCGCUGAAAAGGGCAGCAAGACGUUGCUCUUCCGGCCGGACGCAGAGCGCACUGGACUUUCGCCUGCCUUCAAGAAAAACUCCAUCUACGGUCGAUCCAUCUAUCAGUGUGAACUUGACAUUGGUACUGCUGGAAGUACUGGUCAGGCGCUACAGGCGAUAUUGCCAUUUAUCCUCUUCACCAAGCUUCCUACCCAAGAUCCGAUCCAGCUGACCGUGUCAGGAGGCACCAAUGUUUCUGGCUCGCCUUCGUUUGAGUAUAUCAAAUAUGUCCUCUUGCCCACUCUACAGAGUAUUGGAUUCCCUCCGAUGACCAUCGAGCUGCAGAAGCGAGGCAGGAGCCACGGCGGAUCUAGUAUCGGAUCUUACAUUCUGGAAAUACAGCCGCGAGAGGAAAUGGUCUUGCCGGCAUUCAGCUUCGGCCUGCCAGAUACAGCCGGAAGUUUGCAGCCAUUCUCGCAUUUACGAGCAAUCUUCCUGGGACCAACCCACUGCCACGACGAAUUCAAAGCCUACUUCAGCUGGAGACUAAAAUCCCAGAAAUCGCCUUGGCCGGACGAUCCAGCCACAGAAAUCUCCUGCGAAGACAGCCAACACGAAAAGCGCCUCUACCUCAUCCUAAUCCCCACAAUCCCCACACCACCAUCACCUACACCCUCCUCCUCCACCCCCUCCACGUCAUCAACCCCCUACACCCUCGGAGCAGACCACCUCUACUUCAAAAAAAUCACCAACCAUUCCCGCGCCAUCAGGGAAAUGGUAGAUCGCGUGACCGCCGAGCUCCAAUCGAGAUGGGAGGGUGGCACGAAAGUUGACGAAAAUAUGCGUGAUCAGCUGGUUCAGCUCUAG